CCUAACUCGUGGUAAGAGUCACGAGAUAGGAAGAUAUCAUCAUCAUCUUUCUUGAGAUAGCAAGUUAUCAUUAUCAUCUUUCUGUCUUUGUGCAGUUAACCCAACUUUCUCACAGAACCGCAUCUCACAAACUAAGAGCUAGCCAUGGCGGAAGUUGAAUACGAUACCAUGAAACCCCACGUUGCAGUCCUCCCAAGUCCCGGCAUGGGUCAUAUUAUCCCCCUCUUCGAGCUGGCCAAAUCCCUCGUUGUCCAUCACAAUUGCCAUGUUAGCUUCCUCAAUAUCACCACUGAAGCCUCCGCCGCUCAAACUCAUCUUCUCCGCUCACCAGCUUGCACAGUAUUGUCUCCUGGCCUGCAAGUCAUCGACCUCCCACCUGUUGAUAUUUCUGCCCUUGUCAGUGAAGAAACUCUCGUCCUCACCCGACUAUCUAUCAUCGUCCAGGAGAGCCUCAAGUCUGAUCUAAAGUCGGUCCUCAUUGACCUGGGCGAGCUGCAGGCUCUCGUAAUCGAUUUUUUCUGUACCCAAGCUUUCGAAAUCUGUAGGGAGCUUUCAAUUCCUACCUAUACGUUUUGCACUACCUCCACUGCGUUCCUUUGCUUUUCCUUGUAUCUUCCUACUCUGGACAGAGAGGUAGAAUGCGAGUUCGUUGACCUCCUUGAAUCAAUUCAAGUACCAGAUUGCGCACCAGUAAGAAUUGAGGACUUGCUGGACCAAGCCCGGAAUAGGAAGAUUGACGAGUACAAGUGGUUGCUGCUCCACCUUAGCCGAUUGCCCAUGGCAACCGGGAUUUUCUUGAACUUGUGGGAGGAUCUUGAACCAAAGUCGCUUAAAGCAAUAAGAGAGCACUCAUUCUAUAAGCAAAUACCCACACCACCGAUUCAUGCCAUUGGGCCGCUUAUCAAACAGGAUGAAGUACCAAUGACUGAAAGGGAUGCUGAGUGUCUUGCUUGGCUGGAUAAACAACCAUUAGAUUCAGUUCUUUUCAUAGCACUAGGCAGUGGAGGGACUUUGACAGCUGCACAACUCACUGAGUUGGCAUGGGGUCUGGAGCUAAGUCGGCAACGGUUCAUCUUGGUGGUGCGUAAACCGACCAAUACGUCUGCCUCUGGUACGUUCUUCAACGCUGGUGGAGAUGUUAACGAUCCAACGGCAUAUUUGCCCGAAGGUUUCCUGGAGAGGACAAAAGGAGUGGGGCUAGUGAUUCCAUCCUGGGCUCCGCAGGUAAUGGUGCUCCGCCACUCAUCGACCGGUGCUUUUUUAUCUCACUGUGGUUGGAACUCCAUACUGGAGAGCAUCACUCACGGUGUGCCGAUGAUCGCAUGGCCACUUUAUGCUGAACAGAGAAUGAACGCGACGAUGCUUGUCGAAGAGGUCGGCUUGGUCGUUAAGCUGGCAGCUGGGGGAGGACUAGAAAAAGGAGUUGUCGAAAGGGAGGAGAUCGGCAGGGUGAUAAGGAUGGUGAUGGAGGGUAAUGAAGGGAAGGUGAUGAGGCACAGGGCCAGAGAGCUGAAAGAUAGUGCCGAGAAAGCAUUGAACUUUGGUGGGUCGUCUUACAAGUCUCUUUCUUGUGUUGUUCAACAAUGGAAGGCAGAUAUCUCAUAAACCCUAAAUGUAAUUCUCAUUAUCGAACUGAAGACUUGUUACAAAAUGCAUUUUGCAUUUGCUAAUAAGAUAUUUUUCAUAUUUGGUUGCAUUUGCUAAUUAAUUAUCAGGUUUCAUUUUACA